CAUCAACUCGCAGAAGCCAAUCCUCAACUCGCAAGAGAGAGUAACUGAAACACAAAAGAGGAUUAGAAAAAAAAGAAGAACGAAAAAUGAAUCUUUAUUUCUGGUUACCACUUUUGUUUGCAGAUUUAAGUACUCAAACAUCGGAUAGAGGAGGAGGCAAUGACACUAAACAACAGACGACUCUGCACCUUCCAUGCCAAGAAACAGGUCCACUAUUUGUAAGCAGAACAACCCCCCGAAUAAGUGCAUCGAGCAGGCGAAAUCGGAAGAGAAGAUUAAAUGGGAAAAUAAAGUCUGGGAUUAAGAGGCUAAGAGCAUCAAUGGCAGAAAUCAGCGAGGAACAAAAAUGUAUAAAAGAAGGGCAGAGACAUGUUAGGAAAAAAUAUGAAGAGAUUGAAGCAGAACGCAAGCAACUGUGGAAAGAAACAAAGUUGAUAGCAAACCAGAGUGCGGGUAUCCAAAUGAAACUGAAUCUCAUGUUCAAAUUAGUAAAAGCAAGAGCUCAAAAGAAUACCGCUUUGGUUGCUCAACUCACUCAAUCUCUUCGUGAUUUAGUAGCUAAGCAGAAUGAGCAAAUCCAAUGAAGAAUUCUGCUUGUGUGGGCUUGUAUCUGUUUUAAAGGAAAAGUGGGCAUAUGUGCGGCAUCGAGUGAGAUUGAAAUAAAGAGAAGUCUGUUCUAUCCUAAUUAUCUUGUAUUCAUUUCUCUAGUGCAUGUUUUCUUCUUUCAAUUAUGAGUCUUUGUGUAGGGAUACUUGAGAUUGUAAUUAUCUCUGUUGUACUAAAAUAGUCCAAUUCGGUAUUUGUGUGAUUAGUGAAAUUCUUUAUGCUUACUUACUUUCA